GCGGCUCAGCACCAGGCUCAGAGCAGAGUCACAUUUGAGCUGGUGGCGGAGCGUCUGAGGAGGCUCAGCGUCGAACGUGGCUGGGAGGACGGCCUGGGCCUUGAAAGCAACAAGAGGCCUCAGACGGACACAACAAUGGAGGAAGUGGGGGAACAGCAGAGAGGCAUCUACCCCUCCUCAGCUCCUGAAGGGGUCCAGGUUCACCAGGGCUCAGUCGGGAUAGAUGAAGGCCGCCAUUGGACGGAUGAGGAAGUGCGAGCGCUGCUGUGCGUCUGGGCCGACCGGCGCGUCCGGGAGAGCCUCAAGAGCACGUUGCACAACAAGUACAUCUUCCAGGAGAUAUCCAGCCAGAUGAAGCGCACUUUCGGCGUGGUGCGCAACUGGAAACAGUGCCGCACCAAAUAUAAGAACCUCAAGUACGACUACAAGAUGGCCAAGAGCACGCACGCGGCCCGCGGCGGCGCCACCAGCAACCCGGGGAAGUACAUGAAGUUCUUCCACGAGGUGGAGGCCAUUCUGCUGGACCACGACUUGGAGGAGGGCUCUCUGGGGAUGCAGAGGAGGUUGGGUCACGGGGAGAACACGACGGCCGCUGGAGAAAGCGAAGUCGUCAUCGAGAUUGACAACGGUGACAACAGCGACCAUUACGACCUGGACGCCGACAUGGAUUCCAAAUGGAGAGCGACAGCCGUGGAUCCGUCCACCGCCGACCAGCUCCAAGUGGUGACCGUGUCGGACACGGGGCGAAACUGGAGCGAGCAGGAGGUGCGAGCGCUAAUUCAAGUGUGGUCCGACGAGCGGGUUCGGCGCCAGCUGGAGAGCUCCACCAGGAAGCGGGACGUUUUCACCCAGAUCUCCAACCGGUUGAUGCAGCAGGGCAUCGAACGCGACUGGAAGCAAUGCCACACCAAGUACAAGAACCUCAAGUACCUGUACCGCUCGCUCCAAAAGGGCAAGACGGACGACGCAGACCCCAAACGCCUCAUGAGGUAUUACGGCGAGGUGGACGCCAUUAUGAACCGCAAGGCCAGGGGCUCGCAGGCGGACUUCCGCCGAACCGCGAUGCCGCGGGACGACGCUCAUACAACGAGUGAGGCGGAGGAACCAAUCUGUCGCUCAGAGUCGGUUUCGCCCACGCGACUCGCACCGAUGCCGCGGGAGGAACAAGGGAUGAGAACGAGAAGUAGUCAUCACUUGGACCAGUGGCACCCACAGAGCAUUUCAUUAGGAUGUUGUGAGAGCAGCCUGACGCACGCCGACUCUUUGUCGACUGGCCGAGGGAGGAAGAGGAAGGCGGACGAUGAAGAUGCUCUCCUGACAGCGGUGAAAAAAACCGAGGACAGUGUGAACAUUAAAGAAGAGCAGACUCGCGUUCCGAUAUUUGAAGUCCUUUCAGUCUGCUCGAUGGCCUAUCAAGAUGCACCUCCAGAGGCGCAGUUAUACGGCGCGUUGAAGAUAAACAUGACCUCAGCACAAGAACUGAGCAUCGGCCAGAAACUGAACGAGGGCAAAACCAAGCAGAUCUUCGAGAUCGUGGAUCAGCCUGGACUAGUUCUCGUGCAGUCCAAGGACCAGAUCACCGCCGGGAAUGCUGUGAGGAAAGACCAAAUGGAGGGCAAAGCAGCCAUCGCCAAUAAAACCACAAGCUGCGUGUUUGAACUGCUGCAGGAAGCCGGCAUCAAGACGGCCUUUGUGAGGAAGCACUCGGACACGGCCUUCGUGGCGGCCCACUGCGAGAUGAUUCCCAUCGAGUGGGUGUGUCGCAGGGUGGCUACCGGUUCGUUCCUGAAGAGGAACCCGGGUGUGAAAGAGGGUUACCGCUUCUCCCCGCUGAAGAUGGAGAUGUUCUUCAAAGACGACGCCAACAACGACCCACAGUGGUCGGAGGAGCAGGUGCUGGAGGCCAAGUUCUGCCCGGCCGGGCUCGCCAUCGGCCGCUGCGAGGUGGACAUCAUGAACCGCAGCACCGUGGCCAUCUUUGAGAUCCUCGAGAAGGCCUGGGCCACGCAGAACUGCACGCUGGUGGACAUGAAGAUCGAGUUUGGCGUGAACGUGAAGACUCAGGAGAUUGUUCUGGCCGAUGUGAUCGACAACGACUCGUGGAGGCUGUGGCCCGCUGGAGACAGAAGCCAGCAGAAAGAUAAGCAGGUUUACAGAGACCUCAAAGAGGUGACCCCAGAGGCCAUGCAAAUGGUGAAGAGAAACUUUGAGUGGGUCUCCGAAAGGGUCAAGCUUCUGCUGGAGUCCCAAGCCACCAGCAGGGUGGUGGUCCUGAUGGGCUCCACUUCGGACAUGGCCCACUGCGAGAAGAUCAAGAAGGCCUGCGACUCUUAUGGAAUUCCUUGCGUGCUGCGCGUCACCUCUGCGCACAAAGGCCCGGACGAGACUCUGCGUAUCAAAGCGGAAUACGAAGGAGACGGCGUUCCCACUGUGUUUGUGGCGGUGGCCGGCAGGAGCAACGGGCUCGGCCCCGUGAUGUCGGGUAACACGGCUUAUCCCGUCAUCAACUGCCCACCGAUCACGCCCGACUGGGGCUCCCAGGACGUGUGGUCCUCCCUCCGAAUGCCCAGCGGUCUGGGCUGUUCCACCAUCCUCUCCCCUGAUGCGGCUGCUCAAUUUGCAGCUCAGAUCUUUGGUCUGACCAAUCACCUGGUGUGGAGCAAGCUGAGGGCCUCCAUGCUCAACACUUGGGUGGCUCUCAAGGUGGCCGACAAGAAGCUCCAGGCCUGCAGCCUCUGAGCCAAUGUCCCAUUGAUGUUGACAUCAUCAUAAUCAUCCUCCUCCUCUAGUUGGCUGAUUCAGCUCGUCUUGGCAAGAAAAUCUUUAACAUGAAUUUGUGCGUCAUUCGUUCCAUUAAAAACAAUUUCUAAC